AUGGCUAGCUUCCUUCGCGCGCGGCAGGCUGGCAUUCAGACCGAUCUGUCCGCUGGCAUCGCGCCGGGGUCAUUUGCGCCAGAAGAGCUGUCUAGGCAUGGAAUCAAUUCACAGAUCAGCUGUCUAGCCUACGACCCCGUGCAGUCCCUGCUGGCCGUGGGAACCAACGAGUCGCAGUAUGGCGCGGGGCAGAUCUACAUCUUUGGCCAUCGCCGCGUAUGCCGGACCCUGCAUCCCCAUCAACCCACCAACUCGCACACCCGUACACCCUCCUGCUCUACCAGCACCACAGCCUCCUCAUCGUCCUCAAUCCGGCAGCUGGCCUUUGUCGCGAACCACCUGGUCAGUCUCGAUGCGCGCAACCAGCUGGCUGUGUGGGACCUGGCUGCAGACACCACCGCACAAGACAGACCAGCCGCAAAAACAACCUACGGCCGCGUCACCUGCCUGCUGACAGAUCCGGGCCUGGACUGGGCGCUGGUCGGCUUGCAGAGCGGCGACGUGUGUGCGUAUGACCUGGACUGGGGCCGGCCCGCGGUAAGGUGGCGGCUUCCCAACUUUUGGCGGGAGCGAGCGGGCGGCGGGGUUGGUGCUGGUGGGAAUGACAUGGUGGGGCGAGCCAGGAUACAACAGCUUGCGACGGGCUGGGGGGACGGUGUCGUGGCUAUGCAGUUCCAUCCGCGGGAUAUCGGCUUGUUGUUGAUUGCGUACCCGUACGGUGCUGUGGUGUACUCGUUCAAGCAGGAUGCUGUGGUCAAAUACUUCGAGUACGAGCUCCCACCGGGUGCGCCCGGCGGGGAUGGUAUGGUUGUGGACGCACCGCGCAGACCGCGGUUGACGCACGCCGUUUGGCAUCCUACCGGAACCUUUGUGCUGACGGCGCAUGAGGAUGGGAGUUUGGUCUUUUGGGACGUCAACAAGGACGGGAGGCUGGUGGCUGCCAGGUCAAUAUAUGAGACAAGGGUCAACGAGCGGGCGAGGAAGCUUGCCAAGCCAAGGCCCGUUGUGCCGUUCGUCAAGGUGGCCUGGUGCUGCAAGAAGGAUCCCGAUGAUACGGGCGUGCUAGUUGCCGGGGGGUAUGCGGCCGAUGAGGAGCAGAAGGGGUUGACCUUUCUGGAGCUGGGGCCGACGCCGAUCUAUGCGACGUCAUCGUGGGAGGCGCUUGCGAACCACUUUGAGGGGAAACGCAGGGUGACGCUGCCGACGCCGCCAGGAGCAGAAGUGGCGGAUUUCUGCCUGAUUCCACGCUCCUCGCCGCAUUUCAAUGGGGCACAGGACCCGAUCGCCGUGCUGGCGAUGCUGACUUCCGGGGAGUUCAUCACGAUGAGUUUCCCGUCGGGAUACCCCAUAAGUCCCACGAACAUGCUACACCCGAGCCUGUCGUUUGUGCAUCCCUUUGUGCAGAAAAUCGCCGUUAGCAGCGUGCGGCGUGAGAAGUGGCUGGGGUUGGUUGAGGCGCGAAACCAGGGCGACCCGAUCCUCCUCGGCGGUGCACCAGCUGCCAAGCGGAGGAACAUGUCCGAGUUCCGCAGCAUCAUCCAGGUUGCCCACGCCGACAGCACGGUGCGGAUCUGGGACGUCGGAUACGACGAUGAUAUCGAGAAUCCCGGCCAGUUGCAGGUCGAUAUCGCCAGAGCGCUAGACCGUUACGAGGAUGUCCGCGUUACUGCGUUGGCAAUGGCUGAGAACACGCCCGAGUUUGCGGCCGGCACCCGAACCGGAGAGGUGGUCAUCUACCGGUGGGGCCUCAACGGGAGCUUCGGCCGGGACGCGACGAAACCGCUAGACCCUAAUCCCGGCGGACUGACGAAUAUCAGCUUGCGCGCCGAGCCUUCGCUGAAGGAAGGUUUCCAGCCGUUUGUCCUCUACGAGAUGAUGCAGGGCCCUAUCAGCGCGAUAUGCGUCUCGGACGUCGGCUUCAUUGGCGUGGGGUCGGAAGAGGGCUUCUUCAGCAUCAUUGACCUGCGCGGACCGUCUGUCAUAUUCCAGGCGUCGCUGACGGAAUUUGUCAAGGAGGAGAAGCGAUCGUCCUUGCUUGGAGGGCGUUCCAAGGCAGCAGCACCUGCAGGGAGGGAGUUUCCGACUGUGAUCGAAUUCGGGGUCAUGACAUUGGAGGGCGACAGUUAUUCUAGCAUUGGCUGCUUUAUCGGGACAAAUUUGGGCCAUGUCGCCACUUUCAAGAUCCUGCCUGCUGGCCUGACAUAUUCUGCGAAAUUGGCCGGGGUGGGAAAGGUCGGUGGGGACAAGGUUAUCGCCAUCUGCCCGGUAAAUUCAGAGAACGGACAAAUGGCCGCUGCCACUGGACCUGCUGUUGCCGGGUUGAGAGAAGGGAAGCAGGUCCACGGCGUUCUUGUUGUCGUGACGCAAACCGAGAUGCGCGUCUUCAAGCCCGCCUCUACAAAGGGGGCAUCCAAGUUUUUUGACGAUCAGCUCUGCGAUGCUGCCCGCGUGGUCGAGUUUGCCCGCCAAGGAAUCGCGGUUGUAGCCGUCUUUGGCGACCGCACGGCUCGGGCGUAUUCCCUCCCAGCGCUGAAAGAGAUUGGCCGCGCCAGCCUCCCCAUGCUCGACCCCGCUCGCACCGUCUCAACCGCCAUCUCUAGGACCGGAGAGAUCUUUGGCUGGACAGGGCCGUCAGAAGUCUCUGUCGUCUCUGUCUGGGGAUCACCCGGCAAGGGCAGGACGCUGCAGCAGCAGCCGCAAGACGCGCUCAUCAAUCCGGAACUGCCGUUGCCGCCGCGACCGACGAUAAGCAACCUCCAGUGGAUUGCGGGCACGCAGUAUCUGAGCCCGACAGAGCUGGAUCUGCUGAUUGGCGGGGAGGACAGGCCGCCGGGCAAGAGGAUGAUGGAGGCGGCUGCUGCAGAGAGGAGUGCCAUGGGAAGUGCCGGUGGUGCAAAGAGCCAGGAAGGAUGGGGAGAGUACCUGACAAGACAGAUCAAUGAGCGUACUGAGAAGCUGACCAUACUGGACGACACCAUGGCCAAGCUGCAGGAGACGAGCCAGGGGUGGUCGGAAGGCGUGAGCAAGUACGUCAAACAGCAAAAGAAGGAUGUGUUGCUGGGCUCGGUGAAGAAUUCGGUCAAGAAGUCGCUUUUUUGA